AUGGCAGCUACGAAGCCAUCGAACGUACCCGGCGACAAAGUGCCGGCUGAGGAUGUGGCUCUCGAAACCGGUGCCUCCUUCAUACAGAAUUUCGAGCCCACCAAGCAGCUCUGUGCUCACCUGAAUGCAUUUCACACCUAUGCCGAUGAGCCAGGCCGACAUGUUGAGGCAAACCACUACUGUGCUCAUCUGACUGAAGACGUCCGCCAAUGCAUCCUGUACGACAGUCCCGGACCCAACGCGCGACUGAUCGGGAUCGAGUACAUGAUCACGCCAAAGCUUUACGAGACGUUGGAACCCGAAGAGCGAAAACUGUGGCACUCGCACGUCUUCGAAGUCAAGUCGGGCAUGCUGAUCAUGCCCGGACCAACCCUCCCCGGCGCGGUGCAGGCAUGGGAGGCCGCCGAGACUCAAGAGAUGAAGCACGUCAUCGGCCUGUACGGCAAAGUCUACCACCUGUGGCAAACCGACCGAGGUGACCAGCUGCCCUUGGGCACCCCGAAGCUGAUGAUGAGUUUCACCGGGGAAGGACAGUUCGACUUUGAGGAGACCGUGGGCGAGCGGGAUCGCAGAUUCGGUACGGACUGGAAGAGGAAGAAGGCCUUGCGGGAGGGCAUCGAAGUCCCCAAGAUCCAUGAAGAUGCGGAUCAGAUCUGGAAGACGAGACGCAACUCCAUGUAG